AUGGGGCGACUGACGCCCGGGGCUUCUGUCAUCUCCCAAGGUCCCCAGUUCCGCCCCGUGUGCCAGAGGGGCCCCAGCGCCCUGACCCUGACUUGGGGGUGGGACGGUGAGGCCAGCGCAGCGCAGGCUCUGGAGGCAGGACGGAGGGGUGCUGGAGAUACAGCUCAGCCCAAAGCCGACCCCCUGCCGCGAGGAACUGCAGAGGCGGCUGCACCCCGAGGCGCCGGCACCACAGGCUCCGGCACGGAGCCUGAGCCCCAGGAAGGUUCCCAGACUCGUUCCCUGUGCUCUGCGCUGGGGGAGGCAACCGGAGCCCCAGCAGCGACCCAGCCCCUGCCCCACCUGCCCGCCCACGCAGAGCCCCAGGACCCGCUGGCCGGGAUGUCUGCCCUCCUGGCCGCCGCCUGGGGGCGGGAAUGCCAACUGCAGCGGACCUAUAAUUUGAAAUGCCAUGACUGUUGGGCCAUAAACAGCUUCACCUGUCCAAAUGUUAGAGAGUGUCCUUAUGAAUUCAGGCGCUGCCUGACUGUCUCCACUCGUUUGAGUCCUCGGGAACUGCUCGUUUACAAGAACUGUACAGACAACUGCACGUUUGUGUAUGCAGCCCAUCAGCCUCCUGAAGCCCCCAGAAAAAGAUAUUUUCUUACUAACAGUUUCUACUGGGUUAGUUGUUGUAGUUCUAUGACUUGCAAUUAUGGAGGACCUACUAAUCUUGAGAGGGACAUCUUACCCGAUUAUACAGUUGAGGAGGAACUGGAAGGAACUGUGCGACCGGGGGGGUCAACCUUGUUCCUGAGCUUUGUCUCCAUCCUAGUCAGCAAAACACUGGCGGUUCUGGGGGAUAUAGCAGUGGGCCACCAGGGAAGUGGCUCCAGAUGCUGGCUUGCUGAAAAGGAGUCUGAAGCUAGUGCCCCAGCCCUGAGCCUGUGGUGCUACACCUGUUAUGGCAUCAGCAAUGUCGGCAAUCUCAGCCAGUGCCAGCCCACCCAAUGCAACUGGAGUCCUGCUGUUUGCUUUAGGGGCGACCUGACCACAGCCAUAGGCAGUGGGAAGGCGGAGUCACAUUGCGCGGACUGUGCCGUUUCCUGCGAGAUAGCUUCCACAGCCACGCGGGUGCUGGCGGCGCCGAUAACCCCUGAGUCUGAAGCGCGGGGCGGGACCUGCUAUGCAAAGGACCUGUGUGAUGGAGUGGCCCCGGCGGGGCGCAGCCUCUGGGCCCUGGCCGGGGUGGGGUGGGCGGCUCCUGCUCAGCCCGGGCCCUACCUUCCUCUGGGCCCUGCUGUGACGACCCCUGCGGCGAGGUCGCCUGCGGCGAGGACUCAGAUGGGGAGGGGCAUCGUUCUCGAUCGCGGCUCCGCGGGGGCGGCACGGCGGUCCCAGAGCAGCACGCCCGCGCAGACGUGUGCGCUCAGACCCGCGCGUGCUCAGCAAACACAGGCUGUGCCGGGACUCGUCCCCUCGCAGGGCCCGGCGCAGGGGCCCCACCCACCCGGCCAGCCCAGCCCCAGGCGCCCAGCGCCCUGCUGUGCCAGCAAGCCUGACACGUUUUGCAAACGCCGUCAAUUAACCACUGACUCAAGAUGCAGAAACUGAGGGGCGCUGGCUGGACUGGGGCCUGUAGGAGACCGAAGGCCACAGCCCAUCCGGCGGGGUUCGACUCACAGCGAAAAUAAACGCUUUCCACAUCCUCCUGAUCUUUGCGUGCUGUUCAGCCCCAUCAGGGAGAGGGUGGG